AUGAAGUUCUCCAUCGUCCUCGCUGUUGCCGCACUCUCGGCCGAGACCUUGGCUUGUGCCAACAUUGGGCAAGCCUGCAAGAAGGGCGACCCGGAUGUAUGCCAGUGUGGUGCACCGCUUACCCUCGCCGCUUUCACUACCAACUUGGUGACAUUUGUCCCAUAA